AUGGUAACACUUUUAUGUCUCGUAAUCGUGCUAUUUGUGUCUCAAACUCAAAGUGUUACUUACGAAAAUGUUACAAUUUUGCUAACCACAAGACAAACAAUCUACUACAUUAAUGAUACAAUACCACCAACAAAACUCCUUCAAAUUCGAUGUGACAACACCCUUGUCGAAUAUGUCAACAACCAACCGUGGGAAAUCGUCAAAAUCCAAUAUCAAAAUGUCCCGAAUUUAUCCAAAAAUGCAGUUUCACACUUACCAAAUGUGACAGAAGUUGGUAUUAUUUCAAGUGGUUUAGAAAAAAUCGAGCCGAGGGCAUUUGGGGAUUUACCAAAGAUGGAAUUUUUGUACAUCAAUGAAAAUCCCUUGAAAGAAGUUCAGAAUGGUGUUUUUGCUAAUUUAUCACAGUUGACUUGGCUUCAUUUGGAAAAUAAUUCAAUAGAGACUUUGGGUGACAAAGUUUUCAACGACUUACCAAGUCUGAGACAUGUUUUCCUCGAUGGAAAUCGCAUUUCGACUUGGAGGAGUGACUGGUUUGCUGGGUCACCUGUUGAGUCCAUUUCGAUGAGCUUUAACUCAAUUGAGGAGUUGCCGAGUGACAUGUUUGAGUAUUACCACAAAUUUAACGACGAGCGUCCAUCGAGGCUUUGGUACUUGAUUUUGGAAAGCAACAAAGUGCGAAAAAUCCAUCCGGAUGCGUUUAGAGGGUUAAAAGAAUUGGAUUAUUUGAAUCUCAAAAAUAAUUCAAUUAAGGAGCUCCCAUCUGGUGUUUUUGGCACUAUCACGUACAUAAAUAAUUUCGAAUUGAGUGAUAAUUUGAUAAAAAAUAUUGAUCCCUCAAUAUUUAAUAAUACAUCGCUCAGUUACGUCAAAUUGAGGAACAAUAGAUUGAGUUGUCUCCCUCUGGAACUUGUUAAUGUGACUGAAAUAUAUAACGUGAAUAUUGAUGGAAAUCCGGUCAGUUGUAAUUGUGUCAAGAGUUGGAAGACUUGGCAAGAGGAAUACAAGAAAGAAAUUUUGUCACUUGGAGAUAUUGAACAAAAUUGUACCAAAUAAAAUUAAUUUUUGUAAAUAUUUUAAUAAAAAUUUUAAUUCUCCAUAAAA